AUGAGGUGUGAGCAUGUAGUUAUCAGUGUGGUGCAGCAGAGUGAGGUGCAGCAGAGUGAGGUGCAGCAGAGUGUGGUGCAGCAGAGUGAGGUGCAGCAGAGUGAGGUGCAGCAGAGUGUGGUGCAGCAGAGUGAGGUGCAGCAGAGUGAGGUGCAGCAGAGUGACAGAGAGGUGCAGCAGAGUGAGGUGCAGCAGAGUGAGGUGCAGCAGAGUGAGGUGCAGCAGAGUGAGGUGCAGCAGAGUGAGGUGCAGCAGAGUGAGGUGCAGCAGAGUGAGGUGCAGCAGAGUGUGGUGCAGCAGAGUGAGGUGCAGCAGAGUGAGGUGCAGCAGAGUGAGGUGCAGCAGAGUGAGGUGCAGCAGAGUGAGGUGCAGCAGAGUGAGAUUCUUCUGGGUCUUUUUGCUCCGGGCAGUAUUCUGGGGAUGCACAUCUUCGGCUGCAAGUUCAGUCUGAAGACCGAGGCUGGAGACACUGUUCCCGACCGCAAGAACUUCGACUCUCUGCUGUGGGCCAUCGUGACCGUCUUCCAGAUCCUGACCCAGGAGGACUGGAACAUGGUUCUGUACAAUGGCAUGGCGUCCACCUCUCCCUGCGCGGCGCUCUACUUCGUCGCUCUCAUGACCUUUGGGAACUACGUGCUCUUUAAUUUACUGGUGGCCAUCUUGGUGGAGGGUUUUCAAGCUGAGGGCGACGCCAACCGCUCAUACUCGGACGAUGAGCGGUCGUCUUGUAACUUUGAGGAGAAUGAGAAGCUGAAGGACCCUCUGCAUCUGUCUGACCCAAAGAUCUGCACCCUGACCCCGAACGGACACCUGAACCUGCCGGCCCUGCCCCCGGUCCUGUUCCCUGCCAACAAGUGGACCUACGCCCUGGGCUCCCGCAAGAACAGUGUCAUCUCCCUCUGCAACAUGGACCAGAGAGCAAUGGUACUUACUCUACCUGACCCGGCUCUGACCCAGAUCUGGCCCGGGUCUGACCAGGAUCUAACUAGACUCUGA